CUCUGCAGAGCUGCAGGUCAAUCAUCUCUGGUGAUAAUGAAUGAAUGUUUUAAAAUCUCCUUUAAAAGGUCCUGCAACAAAUAAAAGCUUUUAAAGGUUUUAUCUGUAUGCAUCUGCAUGAACCAUGGAUCAGUUUCGUGGAUUAUUUAGUAAACUGGACCAAAAUGAGGAUGGAUUCGUUUCUGUGGCGGAGCUACAAGACGAAAUGAGGAAGCAUGGUAUUAUCUCAGCGGAUGGGAAGGUCCAGAGUAUCAUCGACUCUUAUGACAGAGACAAAGAUGGCCUGCUGGAUUAUCAAGAGUUCCUCAGCUACAUGAUGGACAGAGAGAGGAAGUGGAAAAUUCACUUUCAUGACCUUGAUAAGAAUAAUUGUGGAGUCAUUGACCAGGAGGACAUCAUAUGUUUGUUUAAGGAGUUAGGAGUGGUCAUUUCAAAGCCGAAUGCAAAAAAAAUUAUACAAAUGAUGGAUAAGGACAACUCGAUGACGGUGGAUUGGGAUGAAUUCUUGCACCACAUCAUCAUCAACCCUGUGGAUAACAUCGGGGAGCUAGUGUCCUCAUGGAAACACAGUUUGGUGUUUGAUGUCGGGGAGAGCCGCGGGAUCCCCAUUGAAUUCCCUGAGGAAGCGUCAGGCUUCAGUGCUUGGAGGACAUUUGUUAUGUCAGCAGGACUGGCGGAUGCUGUGUCCCGGACCAUGACGGCACCCAUAGACCGCCUUAAAACACAACUUCAGGUGUAUGGAUCCAAGGCUUUCUCCCAAGGUUUUCAGGAGAUGAGAGGAGGUGGUUUGCGGUCAAUGUGGCAAGGCAACGCUGUCAACGUGCUGAAAGGAACGCCACAGUCGACACUUCAGUGUCUUAUCUACGCCCAGAUGAAGGUCUACACCCAAAACAGGACCCAGCAGACUCUGACGGUGCAGCAGCGUUUCGGGUUGGGCUGCAUCUCUGGAGCUGUGGCUCACGCUGUCUUCUACCCCUUAGAGGUGCUGAAGGUGAGGCUGAACCUGCAGCAGGCUGGCACUUACCAUGGCGUUGCAGUGUGUGCCCGAUCCAUUUAUAGAAGUGAGUCUUUGUCUUCCUUUUACAGAGGAUUCAAGCCCAGCAUCCUCUGUAUGAUCCCCUAUGCAGGUGUGGAGUGUGCUGUUCAUCAGUCAAUCAUGAGCUGGGCAAAAAGCGAUCCCGCCUACAACAGUGACUCCAAACUGUUUUUCUUCAGCUUUGUGGCGUUCGCUUCUGGACAAAUCACCAGUUACCCGCUGGCUGUGAUCCGAACUCAGCAGCAAGCGCAGGCUUUCAGAUCAGAUUCACGGCCAGCCUCGGGUGUAUUACCGGGACUGAUUGGGAUAUAUGAGAGAUAUGGAAUUAAAGGAUAUUAUAAUGGCAUGGGAGCCAGCUUCGUCAGGGCGAUACCGUGUGCCUUAAUGAACUACACUCUGACUAGAAAAUUUGAAAAUGUUUUUUCCUCCUUGGAGUCUUGAGGAAAUUAGAAAAAAAGCAAAAGCUGUGAGUUUUAUUCUUGUUAAUUAUCCAAACACAUGUCUGCAAAAAAUGCCUGAGAUGUGAAAUGAGGUCAAUCACGAAGUUAUGGUUAACUCUGCAGGAUUUGCUUUGUUAUAUUUUCUGUUGACCACGAGCAUGGAACCAUAAUCUGACUGACUUUAAAUAUGUAAUAACCAAGAGUAACAGCUGGCUACUCGACAUGCUCUUUGAAAAUAAGAAAAUAUGUUGUUGUGUUGACUGUAUAAUAA